UGCUUCCUAUCGAUCUUUGGGACCAUUUUCGAAGAGAACAUCUUCGAUUUACUCAACACCUCCUUUUUUCAUCCCUCAGAGUGAUUCGUUCAAAAUUUCAAAAUGCGUGAAAUUGUACAUAUUCAAGCUGGCCAAUGUGGCAAUCAAAUUGGCGCCAAGUUUUGGGAAGUUAUCUCCGAUGAACAUGGUAUCGAUAACACAGGAACUUAUCAUGGAGAUUCAGAUUUACAAUUGGAACGAAUCAAUGUUUAUUACAAUGAGGCUUCUGGCCCGAAAUACGUGCCUCGAGGUAUUCUAGUCGACCUUGAACCUGGUACAAUGGAUUCUGUACGUUCCGGUCCAUUUGGACAGAUCUUCAGACCGGACAACUUUGUUUUUGGUCAAUCAGGAGCUGGAAACAAUUGGGCCAAGGGUCAUUACACCGAAGGAGCAGAAUUAGUAGACUCUGUUUUGGAUGUAAUAAGAAAAGAAGCAGAAAGUUGUGAUUGUCUCCAAGGUUUCCAACUGACACACUCUUUGGGUGGAGGAACCGGAUCAGGCAUGGGCACACUUUUAAUAUCAAAAAUCCGCGAAGAAUAUCCUGAUAGGAUAAUGACCACUUUUUCUGUGGUACCAUCGCCUAAAGUCUCUGACACUGUCGUCGAGCCCUACAAUGCUACAUUGUCCGUACAUCAACUCGUCGAAAACACUGAUCAAGCUUACUGCAUCGACAACGAGGCACUCUACGACAUCUGUUUCCGUACUUUGAAACUAUCCACACCUACUUACGGUGAUCUAAAUCAUCUGGUGUCUGCCACGAUGUCCGGUGUGACUACUUGCUUGAGAUUCCCAGGACAAUUGAAUGCUGAUCUAAGAAAACUGGCCGUCAACAUGGUACCCUUUCCACGUCUUCACUUUUUCAUGCCAGGUUUUGCACCUUUGACAUCUCGAAGUAAUCAGCAAUACAGAGCCUUGACCGUACCUGAAUUGACUCAACAAAUGUUCGACUCGAAGAAUAUGAUGGCUGCCUGUGAUCCUAGACACGGAAAAUAUCUCACUGUUGCUGCUGUUUUUCGUGGUAGAAUGUCGAUGAAAGAAGUCGACGAACAAAUGCUUAAUAUUCAAAACAAAAAUAGUUCAUAUUUUGUGGAAUGGAUUCCGAAUAAUGUGAAAACAGCUGUAUGUGAUAUUCCACCACGUGGUCUUAAAAUGUCAGCAACUUUCAUUGGAAAUUCUACGGCCAUUCAAGAACUUUUCAAAAGGAUCUCAGAACAAUUUACAGCGAUGUUUAGAAGAAAGGCUUUUCUUCAUUGGUAUACCGGUGAAGGAAUGGAUGAAAUGGAAUUCACCGAAGCAGAAUCGAAUAUGAAUGAUUUGGUAUCUGAAUACCAACAAUAUCAAGAAGCUACAGUUGAAGACGAAGGCGAAUACGACGAGGAGGAGGAAAUCGAAGAUAAAUAAUAUAAUAUUCAGCAAAAUCGAACAUUAAAUGAUCCCGAUCAGAUAGGAAAACAAGGAAACUGUAUUCAACGAAAAAACAUUUUAUAUUUUUGCCUUUUUACUUUUUGAUAUCUAUUUUAUUUUUGUUAUUCAUUUACUCCUUUUUAUUAUUUUCGAAUUUUUUAAGAGAUUUAUAAGUUUUUAUAUAUGAUUUAUAUGAAAUUAUAAGAGAUUUGUUAGUCGAAUAGAUUAUUUAUCUCGAGUAAUUGACUUUUUACUGAGUUAUAAAGAAGAUCUAUGAAAAAGCUCGCUAUCGAACUCGCUAUCGUCCUUCUGGUCAACUGGGAUUGAUCAAGCCAAGGCCUUGACAAAAAUUGGUAAUCACGUAUUAUCUCGUCCGAGCCCCGAGGACAAACACUUUAUUAUUGCGUAUCAUAGAGAUCGUAGUUCGUUGUACGUCUACGUAGAAAAAGAAAGUGCAAUUGAAUCACUUCGUUCAAUUAUUUUUUGCCUUCGAUUUAGGAUCAAUAAAUCUUUCAAUAUAAUUACAAAGUUUUUUAAAUCUAAACAUAGAAUUUUAUUUAAAGAGUUAUUUAAUAAUCAAGAAAUUCAUUUUACGUUGAUAAUUUUACAAAAUUUUAAAAACAGAUAUUUCUAAAAUUUAAUAAUAUUACUGCAAAAGUUAUCGACAAGUAACACAAUGUUGCCUGAAUCAUGCAAUGAAAGAAAUAGAAUCGCUUUGAAACAUAAAUCUAAUCUUUACCGCAAAAUUAAAAAAAAAUGUUAUUAUUCGGUCUAAAAAUUGUAAAUCACGCAUAGAACAAAUCAUUACAAUCUUUAAAAAUUUUAUUAAAAAUCACGAUGAGAGAAAUCGUACACAUCCAAGCAGGACAAUGUGGAAAUAAUAUCGGAACUAAAGUAAGUUUUGGGAAGUUAUCUCGGACGAACACGGACUGACAUGUGAUGGAAUUUUUCAAGGAGAGUCGGAACUGCAAUUGCAGCGCAUAAAUGUGUACUUUACUGAAGGAUCUGGUAUUGAUAAUUCGUCAAAUAAAAAUUUAAUAUUACCGAUAUUGUUAAUAUUAGAUUUACGUACAUUAA